AUGAGAGUGUUGAAUCUGAAUCAGAUACAGUUUGGAACACAGAUAAGGCAUCGUUUCGAAAGUCGGCUUGAUCUUGGCCCUGAUCAGAGAAAGGCCGUGCAAUUCAUGGAGGAUAGUGAAAGGUUUGAUGAGAAGUCUUUUUCAAAUGGGGAUGUCUACAUAGGUAUGAUCAAGGGUAUACUGCCCCAUGACAAGGGAAAGUACACAUGGUCAGAUGGAACAGUAUAUGAGGGUGAUUGGGAAGGUGAAAAAAUGACCGGAAAGGGACUGAUUGUGUGGUUAUCAGGAGCACAGUAUGAGGGUGAAAUAUGUGGAGGUUACCUACAUGGUUAUGGAACACUUAGAACAUCUGCAGGGUGCAUUUAUAGAGGGGGGUGGAAGAUGAAUGCUCAGGAUGGGAUUGGACUGAAGCAGUAUUCCAAUUCAGAUGUAUAUGAAGGUUUAUGGAAAGAAGGAGUUCCUGAAGGGAGUGGCAGGUAUACUUGGAAAAAUGGCAAUAUGUAUGUUGGGAAUUGGAAAAAUGGGACAAUAGAUGGUCGAGGGGUCAUGAAGUGGGUUAAUGGUGAUACCUUUGAUGGUUUCUGGUUAAAUGGGCUUAUGCAUGGAUCAGGAAUUUAUAAUUUUGGAGAUGGAAGUCUUUAUAUCGGGACAUGGAAUAAAGGCUUAAAGGAUGGAAAAGGAGUGUUCUAUCCUGCAGGUAGUAAACAUCCAUCGCUAAAGAAAUUGCACAGCCUUCAUGACAGUGACGAUAAUGGUGUCUUAUUGAAUAUAGAAAAACAUGAGGCUCCAAAAGCUUCAGUUAAGCGUAGCCUUUCUGAAAACAUACCUGUCAUUAGUAGAUUUAAAAGUUUCCGUCAAAUAUCUCACAGGACUUCGUCAAUGAAAAUAAAUUUGAUCCGUAAUGAUUUUGCUCAAGAUUGUGUUUGUCACGAUUCUUCACUUUCCAAUGUCUUCGGUGAAGAUCAACCAGAGGCAUCAGUUAAAAGUACAUUGGUUUAUGAAAGGGAGUAUGUACAAGGAGUUCUGAUUAUGGAGAGAAUUAGUGAGUGCUCAGAGUCAUCACGAAAAAAGAAUCAGCAAAAUAAGUUUAGUGUGAAACUGGUAAAGAAGAAUUCAUGUUUGGACAUUUUUGAAGACCGGCGAAGCUAUUAUCUUAAGCUUAAUUUGCAGCUUGGCAUCAGGUAUACUGUUGGCAAAAUUACACCAGUACCUGCACGCGAAGUUCGAUCAUCUGAUUUUGGGGAUCGAGCUAGAAUAAGGAUGUACUUUCCAAGGGCUGGUUCAAAGCUUACUCCACCACAUUGUUCAAUAAACUUUUACUGGAAAGAUUAUUGCCCUAUGGUCUUCAGGAAUUUGAGAGAGAUGUUCAAGUUAGAUGCUGCAGAGUACAUGAUGUCCAUUUGCGGAGAUAGUGGUCUAAGGGACUUGUCUUCUCCUGGAAAAAGUGGCAGCAUCUUCUAUCUUUCUAAAGAUGAUAGAUUUGUGAUAAAGACUGUGAAUAAAUCUGAACUAAAGGUUCUGCUUAAUAUGCUUCCUAAAUAUUAUCGGCAUGUUGGAGAUCAUGAGAAUACUCUUAUAACAAAAUUCUUUGGACUCCAUAGAAUAACAAUAAGAGGUGGAAAAAAGGUGCGUUUUGUGGUCAUGGGGAAUGUGUUUUGCACAGAACUACAAAUCCACCGUCGUUAUGAUCUGAAAGGGUCUUCACAAGGAAGAUAUACAGACAAUGAUAAAAUCAAUUGCAACACAACACUGAAAGAUCUUGAUCUAAAAUAUGAGUUUCAUAUGGAUAAAAAAUUGCGAGAAUCCCUACUCAAGCAAAUUUCACUCGAUUGCAAGUUCUUGGAGUCACAGCAUAUAAUUGAUUACAGCCUUCUGUUAGGAUUACAUUUCCGAGCUCCAGAGAAUAUGAAGGCAUUUGUGGAACACCAUGAAUCAAUGCAGCGUCAGGAAAAUUUACCUUCUGGAGAUGAAGAAGAACACUUAAUUCUUCCAAAAGGCUUGCUAUUAGUUUCCCAUGAACCAAGCAUAGUCAACACGGCACCUGGACCUCACAUUAGAGGGAAUACAUUAAGGGCAUACUCCAUGGGUAAUAGUGAAGUUGAUCUUUUACUGCCUGGUACUGCAAGGUUGAGGGUGCAGCUUGGAGUAAACAUGCCAGCUCAAGCUACUCGAAAUAUUGAGGAGGAUAAGGUGGAGGCAAAAGAAGUAGAGCUUUUUGAGGUGUAUGAUGUUGUCCUCUACAUGGGCAUAAUUGAUAUAUUGCAGAACUAUAAUCUGAAAAAGAAAAUUGAGCAUGCAUACAAAUCCCUCCAAUUUGACCCUAUCACAGUAUCAGUAGUUGAACCCAAAAUUUAUAAUGAACGUUUCCUCAAAUUCUUAGAGGAAAAAGUUUUCCCCGACACCCCCUGA